AUGGGAAGUUUAAGAAAUAUUUGUAUUAGUGAAAUCAUUUCAGUGAUAAAAAGUGAAACAGCAGAUGAAAAUGAUAAUAAAUUCUUAAAACAUGGUAUUCAAAAUUUAACACCCGAUUUAUUAGAGGAUAUUUUGAAUAGAUUAAAGGAAAUAGAACAUUGGGGAUUUAAUAAUCAAACGUUUGAUCUUAUUUUAGAUUCAAAUAUAAAUCACUUAAAUCUUAGAAAUGAACAAGGAAUUGAAUUUAAUAAGAAAUUUAACCAAUUAAUAAUUGAUAAUGAUAAUAAUACAUCCAAGAGUUUAUAUUUUAGUUUAAUAAAAUUAAAUUUAUCAUUCCAACCGAAAAUAAUUGAUUCAUCAUUAUUUAAAUUUUUAAAUUGUUUCAAAAAUUUAAAAGAAUUAAAUAUAUCAUAUUGUACAUUGGUCGAUUGUACAACUAUUACCAAUACCUAUAAUAUUUCAAAAUCAUUAGUAUCUCUUAAUUUAAGAGGUUGUUCUAGUAUGUCAUCUAUUGGUUAUAAAAAUAUUGGUAAAGAAUUAAUUAAUUUAAAAGAAUUAAUAUUAUCAAAAACCAAUAUUACCAAUAAAGAUUUGGAAUAUUUCAAAGAUUUAAAGAGUUUAACAUCAUUAAAACUUAAUCAUUGCCAUGAAAUUUCAAAGGAUGGAUUAGAGCAUAUCUCAAAAUUUUCAAAUUUACAAUCAUUGUUUCUAUCAUAUUGUUCAUUACUUCAAGCACCAAAUUCAUUUAAGUCAUUAUCUGAAAACAAAUCAAAUAUUUCAGCAUUAACUAUUUCAUUUUGUUUAAUUGAUGAUCUUUCAAUUGGUACUGUUGUAAUUAAUAACAACAAUAAGAACCAUUCAAAGAAUUUUAAAGGAGAAAUUGAAACAACCAAUGAUUUAGUUAAAAUAAAGUCAUUGACAUCAUUGUCGAUUAGACUUAAUAGAAUGACUCCAAACUUCUUGAAAUCAUUAUCAAGAGAAAAGGAAUUAUUAAAGAAAUUAAAGAAAUUGGAUUUGAGACAAUCAGGUAUCAUUGAGGAAGCGUCUGCCCUAUGGCUAUAUCCAUAUAUGUGUGACCUUGACUCAUCUGAGCUUUAUAUUAGCAACAAUAAUAAAAAAUCGAAAUUCCUUUGCAAUGGUGGUAGAAUUGAUUUACAACAACUCUACCACUCUUUCUAUCCAAUAGAGAGUAAAGAUCAGGUUCAAUUGAAUAGAUCAAGUUUAAGGCUAUCGAUAUUGGAGCGUCAAGAACAUUCUCCGUUGAUCUUGUUGGGCGAAGACGAAAAAUUUCAAGCCACCAUAGUCAAGGACGUUUUGGAGAGAAAGAACUUUGAUGUCAGAAUCGCACCAAAUGGUAAGGUUGCCUAUGAAAUGUUUUGCGAAAAUAGAUUAUUUCAAUUGGUCAUUGUCGAUGUUUUCAUGCCUGUCGUCGAUGGAUUACGUAGUGUUAAGCUAAUUCGUCAAUAUGAAUCCAAUCAUCAAAUUGAAAGAUGUCCAAUUAUAAUCUGUAGCGGCAAUGAAUCUAUAAUUAGAUCUGGUAAUAACUCUCAAGAUACCGGUGGUGAUGCUUUCGUCUCAAAACCUUUUAGGCCAAGUUUAAUUGAUUUAGUCUAUAAAUUGAUUGGUAAAAAAAAUAAUAAUAAAAAAAAUAAUAAUAAUAAUAAUAAUAAUAAUAAUAAUAAUAAUAAUAAUAACAUACUAAUAAUUAAUAAUUAA